AUGGAGUUGCCACAAGCCCGUCUCAACGACAGCGCUCAGGAAGAGGGCUCCGACGUUCCUCCUCCUCCGCCCGUCAGCGGUGAGCGUCAUGUCUCCAUUGGUCGGUGGGGACGCCGUCUCUUCGCGAAGCUGCGGCCCUUCCGGAACACAGUUGGGGCCUCCGACGCCUUGCUACGGACGGCGCUCAUCAACGGAGACGAGCCGAUGGCCGUGGAGGUCCUGCAUCCUGAGCUCGUGCCGCACUGCCUGGGCUUGAGCCGAACUGGGCCUGCGGACCUCUCGCGGAAGUAUCCCGACGAUCACGAGAGCGGCUUCGACGGCCAAGCGCUGGAUUACCUUUGCCAAGGGCUCCUCCUGCAGUACGGCCUCCGGCCGUCCCCUCGGCUGAAGAGACGUGCGGCGGCUUCGGCGAGGCGGCGUGCAGCGCUCCUGCGACGGCUGCUGGGCGACGCUGGGCACGGGCUCGCCUUGCGGCAGCAGCUGGAGGAGACCUUCCACCUUAUCCUCCCGCCCGAGGAUGGGGAGGCGCUCAACGUGAUUCGUCUCCUGGCGCCCACACCCUUCCACCGUUGUGCCGCCCUGGCUGGCGCGGAGGUCCUCCGGACCUUGUCGGCCUCAUUGGCCUGGAGGCCGUGGCGCGUGCUCCAGGGCUGCGACGCCCCCGAGCGCGACGACGACUUCUUUGACUCCAUGCCGGCUGAGCCACUUUCCAGGUGCCAAGAGCGAUGUGUGCGGGAUGGCUAUGGAGGCUUCGUGGUCCGUGGCACGCGCGCCUACUUCCGUAGGCGGCCUGCGACCGGCUUGCUCCAUAGCUGUGUGGCAAAGCCUGGGGACACGCUGCACAUCGCCCCGGGGCCAUCAUGUCAGCUGCCGUUGCAGUCUCUCGCAGCACUGCUGGUGGGUCAAGUGGAUGGCCGAGCGGCCAUGGAUGUGGCACUGGAGAGCGGUGACGUGCAGGCCGUCGUCGAGCUUGGCAAGCUGGGUUGCAGAGCGAACGAGGACGGCCAGGCCAGGACCAUGACAGAUGCGGCCAUCCUGGACCGCAUGCUCUACGGUGGCAUGCCACAGUGGCUGGCGCGCACGGUGGGGAAUUUAUCCUAUGCUGGCAGGCAUGCGGAUGAUUGUGGGACAGUUCUGCAAGAUGCCGAAGAGAUCCGAGGCCGAGUCCUCAAGGAUGUGGAGAAAGUGCAGCGGGCCACCGGAACCUCCACUGCUGUGGCAGAAGCCCUCCUAAGGCACUUCGGGCACAGCCCAGAAGCCGCCAUUGGACAAUAUCAGGUCGAUGCCAAGGCUGCAAAGGCCGCUGCGGGCAUCCGCGAGGGCCCCGCAUCCUCGGAGCUGGUCUGCGGCAUCUGUUUCACAGGCCUGGAGCCUCAGCCAGGUGCACUGCGCCAGCUGCUGCCCUGCGAGGGAUCUCAUGCCUUCUGUGAUGCGUGCCUGCGGCAGUAUCUGGAGGGCCUGCUGGCCGCUGGGAAUGUCCGGGCCAUGGUGUGCCCCGAGCCCGAGUGCCGGCUGCCACUGAGCGAGGGGGCCGUUCAAGGUAUCCUCGGACCAGCCGCGCGGGAAAAGUUUGUACGGCUUGCAGCGCUGCAGGCUGUUGACGCGGCAGCUCACAUCUGCUGGUGCCCCCAGCCUGGAUGCGAGAAGGCGGUCGCCAGGACGGAUGGGCUGACAGUGCGCUGCGCAUGCGGCUACGCCUUUUGCUCGGGGUGCAACAUGCCUGGGGGCCACGAGCCCUGCAGCUGCGAGCAGAUCGCUGCAUGGAAGGCCGCGUAUGCCGACACGCUCAUGGGGUCGGAAGAGCUGCGACGGCGCCAGCAGGAUCGGGCAGAAAACUGGGUGCGGCGGAACGCGCAACGCUGUCCCGGGUGCCGCGCCGUCGUCCAGCGCAAUGGGGGCUGCAACCACAUGGUUUGCCGAUGUGGGACUCACUUCUGCUAUGUGUGCGGCCGCCCCUGGGACGAGCAUACAUCCCAGGAAGGGGGCAUCAACUACUACGUCUGCCGAAUGCCGAAGGCAGACAGGAACAGCCAAGCCUUGGACAAUACGAUGGUGCAGCAGUUCGAGGAUCCCGUGGCUGAGUUCCAGAUGCUGCAGAGGUCGGAGCGAUGGGCCCGCCUUUGGGCAGAGCAGGCCCGUCAGAUGUGCCAGGCCUUGCAGUAUUCGGAAAGUGCAGACUUUGGCACGUCCUUGGAAACUGCGAUGCCCACGGAAGAGAUGCUCUCCACCUUUCUGUUGGACGCAGUGGAAACCCUCAUUGCCGCGCAGGACACCCUCCGCUUCUGCUGCAUAUUCAGGUGGGACGCUGCACGGAGGCAGUUGCAGACCGGGCCGCUCGAGUUCUGGCUGGGUGAACUGGCCAAGUGCAGCAACACCCUGCAGGCGGCCUUGGGUCCCACCUUUGAAGCGGCGUGGAACUCGGCCGGCAGCCCACCCGCGCCCAGCGACACCCGCUGGACGGCGCUGGAGUCGCAGGGGCACCUACGGGGAGUUGCGUGCCGCCUGCAUGUGCUCCAGUCACGCCUGGAAGAUCUGGGAAGACUGAAAGAUGCGGUUCGCCGACUGCGGGCCCGACUCCUUGCCGGGGCCCGCUCCGGGACCUACUACGGGGCUGCGCCCGGUGUACUGGAGCAGAUGGGAAGGACUUGCUGCGCACAAAUCGGUAAGUUUGCUGAUCCGAAGCUAGAGGAUGUGACCGAAGCGCUGGCGUCGGAUGACGUCUGCGCUGAUGGGCAGGAGUGCAGCCUGGAGCUCCACCAGCUGCGCGGCAUGAAGGUCGACUACCUGGAGGCUUUGGAGGAUGCUUCCAAUGAUGAGGAAGAUGAGGAGGAAGCCGUGUACGUAGAAGAGGAGGUGGAGGGUGGUAGCUGCACCAACGCCAAUGACAUGAAGGUGUGGAAGCACGGUGGAAGGAAGAGCUUCGACGCAUCCCUCAACCACUGUGGCCGCUCCUGCGCUGCAGGCUAUCCGUGCACCAAGGACUGCAUGCAGAAGAAGGGCUACUCGGCUGGCUGCGCAGGCUGCAUGGCCCAGCUGGUGGGCUGCUCCAGGGACCACUGCAUGAACCAAUGCAUCACGAACGACAAGGCACCCGCCUGCACCCACUGCGUCAAGUCGAGCUGCCGACCCAAGAUGAAGGCUUGCAGCGGGCUCAACGCUGGAGGCUUGAUGGCUGCCAUCUCACAGAAAACAGUGUGCGUGGGCAAGGGCGAGGAAGCUCCUCACAUGGCCAUGUCCCUGGAGUUCUCGGCUGGGCUUCUGACCGGCUGCGUGACAAAUCCAAUAUUCUCCGAGUGGAUUUGCAACUGCCACUGUGUCGAAUACAUCGAAUCUAUGAGUCGCGUCCUCUUAGUCGGAGGGCGUGUCAUCAUUGAGAUUUGCAGCGACUGGUGUUCAGCCGGGGUCUAG